GGCGGGUUCUGUUCCGGAAUGUUAGCGGCUACAGCGGGCCACAAAUGCUGUGCUGUUCUCUCUCCGAUACCGCUUGUUCUGGAACCGCCACCAUUCCCGCCCUUGUCCGCCAACGAUCUUCCCGCCGGCGGCAUCCCCGCCGCCGCCAACAAUGGCCUGUUGCUUCUCUGUCUGCGAUGAGCUUGUCUGCAUCCGUCCUGUUCUUGUUUUCU